GAGGACCAAAAAUGUCCGACCUCAGCCAAGUCGCUGUGUACUCAGACUCUUCAGACAUUUAUAAGAAUGUCUUCUGUAACCCGGCCUUCGAGCUGGAGGGGGAGCGCGAGGAGAGGGUGGAGGGAUUCAGGACAACCUCUUCCACCCCUGAACCAAUCAAACCACCGGCAGCUGGCCUCGGUCGGGGUCUGUUUGGGGUGUGUGUGAUGCGUCUGCGGGGCCCUGACGGAGGCUGGGGGCUGGUGGUGGUCUCUGCUGCCGCCCUGCUCCUGUUAGCAGCGCUCGGACUGGCGCUGGCCCUCAUUCUGACACAGCUAAAGGGUCAGGCCGUGGAGAAUCAGCUGCUGUCCACCAUCCCGCCAGACCUGCAUAGCGCUGGUGAUGGAGCGUCCCACGCUUCACCCACAGUUCCUGCCAACAGAAGCCGAGGGGACAGUACAGCUGCACCACAGCCUGCCAGGAUCCCUCCAUCUGAAACAAGUUGUGGCGGCGUUCUGACGGACCCAGAAGGCAGCUUCAGCUCACCAAACCACCCGGGCUCCUACCCCUCGAACUCGCUGUGUGUGUGGGUGAUCCGGGUCCCUCCUCCCUCCGUGGUCCAGGUUCACGUGUCCUCCUUGAACGUGGAGGGGCCUUCUCCUUGUCUGUUCGACUGGCUGGAGGUGCAGGAACAGGUCGAGCAGAGUUCUGUGGUCACCAGGUUCUGUGGAAACGCAGCACCACCAACAGUCAACACAAACAGCAGCACGGUGUGGGUCACCUUCCGCUCCGACGGCAGCAUCUCAGGCAACGGCUUCACUGCACAGUACAGGGCUGUUCUGCCUGGACACAAGAGCUGCUCCAGGGAAGAGUUCAUGUGUGACAGCGGUCGCUGCCUGCUGCCUGUGUCGGUCUGCGACGGCCAUCCAAACUGCCACGACCAAACAGACGAGGCCAACUGCAGCCACAAAAACAAGGAAUGUGGUGGGCAGAAGAUGGGGCAGAACGGUUACCUGGAAAGUCCAAACCACCCCAGGCCUUAUCCCCACCAGCAGCUGUGCAUAUGGUACAUAUCCGUCGAAGAAGGUCACGUCAUCACACUGAGCUUCAGAAACUUCAGUCUGGAGACUCAGGAUGUGUGUGAGUUUGACUACGUGGAGGUCCACGACAGCAUCAGCACCGGAGCUGGAAGAGUCCUGGGCCGGUUCUGUGGUACCACCUUCCCACCGGACCUGACCUCCUCUGGCCCCCACAUGACCGUGGUGUUUGUGGCCGAUGAGGGAGUGGCCGACAGCGGCUUCAAUGCAACAUACCAGGCUGUGUCUGUACUGGGCAUGGUACUGAUGCCCCCUUGUCCCUUUACCUCCUUAAUGCCUUUUCCUCACCCUUGUUAUAAAUAUUACCUCUUUCUGACAGGAGAGUGCCUUCAGCAGCAGUGGCUGUGCGACGGAUGGAACGACUGCCCUGACGGAGCAGACGAGCACGGAUGUGGCAACUCCACCUACCCUCCUUUCACUUCAUCGUGUGAGUUCAUAGAAGUGGAGAUGUGUCAGGGCCUCAGCUACAACCUCACCUCAUUCCCCAACAUCUGGCUGUCCAUUGCCGACCAGAGAGAAGCUGCAACACUCCUGCGACAGUAUCGGGUUCUGAUGGAGCUGGCAUGCUUCGAGCCUCUCCAGAGGCUGGUGUGCGGGAUGUUUCUCCCCCAGUGCAGCCCUCAGGGAGGCGUUCUCCAGCCCUGCCGCUCAGUCUGCUCCUCGGCUGAGCAGCAGUGCAGCCAAGCCCUGGAUCUGUUCUCCUUCAGCUGGCCCUUCAACUGCCACCUUCUACCUGACUCCCAGGACCCCAUGGAGUGUUCGCUGCCUUGAAGCUUUGAGCAACAAUGAGUUAAAGUUAACACUGUGAUAAUGUGAGAGGUGAUCCUAUCCGGUCUGCUCUCAAACUAUGUUUUUCCAACAAGGACGUACCAGAUUUGCAGCAUGGAGCUUCCAGGACUGUGUUGCAUCAUCACACCUGGAGAGCCGACUAAAGCCAGCAGCUGCACAGCGUCCAAGCAAGAACACAGUCUGUACUGCAUGUGCUCAAUGUUGUGGACCUGCAGCAACCUCUGAGACACAGUUUUAAAGUAGACGUUAAGAAGAUGAAAAGCUUUUGAAUUUUCAUGUAAAAUGAUAGUUUUCGAUCUCCAACAGGAAUCAAAUUGCUGUACUGUAAAUUGCCUUUUUGCACUAUUUAUUGCUUUGGUGUCAAUCAUGUAAAACAACUAACAAUACAGAGAGAAUAACAAA